AAAAAAAGACAAUACAUUCGUCGAUUGAAUUUCGAAUUCAUGUUCAAUAAUCAAUUAUUAUCAUUAUUUCUGACUACUGUUCUAUUUUAUACAACAACUACAGCAUCGUCAAAUGUAUCGAAAGAAUUGAAUGAUUCCAUUGAAGUACCACAAAAAUCAAAAUUACUCCAAGGUGUAUUUAUGCAUUUGCAAUGUUUACGAAUCUAUAGUGAAGCCAAUCAAAAAGGUUAUUGGUCUGAUAUAUGUAAUAGUAAUGAAGUGUUAGCACCUUAUUUAAUGAUUACUACAAUGUCUAUUUGUGCUCCAGCUAAUGUAUGGUAUAGAACACCAAGGUAUUGGCUUGCUUAUCAGCAAUCUUACUUCGUCGGUUCAUAUAUCCUACUUAAACCGGGUCAAUGUAUUACAAAUGUAAGAAAAUAUGGUUUAGUAUCCAUUGGUUCCAUACUUCAAUGUUCACAAAUUGCUUUAUUUGGCUAUUUGCCCACAUUGAGUUGUUAUUAUCCACCGCAACCAUGGCGACAAUUGAGUGCUACCAUACCAUUAACACCAAUACAGCCAGUACCUCCUACAAUGGUGUCACCUAGUCAACAAGUUGGCAGACAACUUCUAUCAGGAAGUGUUAGUUUAGUGGAUUUACAAAAGAGUAGUUUAAAUGUUGUAUAAUUAUUGUGCUGAAUAUUAAAAUCCUAAAUUUUACAGUUAACAUUUCCUAUUUUCUUUUUGAAAUUUUUUGGCGGAGGUGAAGAUUAACCUAAUGGAUAAAGCUAGAUUAUGUGAAUUUCAUUGUAAGUGACAAUGUAUUGAAUUCAUUCUCUUCUCUCUGUGUACAAUAAACACCAUAAUCAAUAUCUCGUCAUAUCCAUGGUGGUCGUGAAUUCAUUCAAUGUUCAAUAAUCUAUUGUUUAUGUUAUUCUUUUUUUUGAAAAUAAUCUCACAUGAAAUGCUAGUUAGAUCUUCGUAUAAUCUAUUUUUUUAUAUUUUGAUAUUUCCAAAGCAUUUUCUAACAUAAUAUCACUUUUUCUAGUCGUAGUUUCUUACUACACUGUUGACAAUUGUUUUUUCUCUUAUUAAGUUUAUUUGAUACUUGAAAACUCUUUCUGGUCACUACUUUUUUAAGAAAAAUAUUAUUUAUUAUUGAUCUAUCUUAUUACAGACUUGUGUAUAUCAAUUAAUUGUAAAUAUUAUUGUACAGCUUUAGUAAAUAACAUCGUUGAAGAGAAACUUCCUCUUCGUUAGA